ACCAAGGCAUCUUUUCUUAAUGGGCACCAGGUUUCCAGGUCGAAGGUCAUUGCGUUAAAAUGUAGAAGUUGAGGCUUUUUUAUAUUUGAAACAAAUUGAUUAAAUACAUUUUAAUUGUAUUUAAAUCAAAAUUGAAGAAUUUGAAAACUAUUUUGUAACAAAAGGAUUCUAUCUUCUUUAAAUAUUAGUCUAGGCAUAAUUACAACCUCAAUUUUAAAACUUCAGAAUGCAUACGUUGAUGGGCCUCAUUAUAGUACAUUUUCCAAAGGGAAAUCUAUUUUUCUCAUUAAUUCCCUUUUAGAACAUUGACCAUAAUAUGGUUCUGACUUUCUGCGCUUCAGUUAGUAUUGAAUCAACAAAUAUUUUGAGAAAAAAGUCAAUUUUUUUCAAAGGCCCUCUGUAUUUUGUACGAAUUAGUUCCCUUCUCACCCCGAUAGGCCACGGGCCGCCGUCAGGACCCACUGCGUGGAGAUCAACGAGCCGCCGCACUGCGGGUUGCCGCUGAAGUAGAUCAACGCGAAGAACGGAAACUGGGUCAGGUUGGCGUUGGACCCGCCGAUGAUCCGAGCAGAAGCGCUAGGCAGCCCUGAGGGAAAAAGAUUCGCUCAAAUUUUGCACCAAAAUCGAAUUUAAAAACGCACUUUUCUCCUCGUCCAAAGUUGGUGAAGCGUCGUCGGCCAUCGCUUGAAUUUCGGUUCCAUUUCCGGUUCGCCACCACGAUGAAAAGUCGAAGGCCAAAACCUUAAUUGGAUUGUAUAUCAAAUUAUUACACACAUCAAUUUGGAACCAAACAAAUACACAUGUUUUUCAUGUACUAUUUCCCAGCAUCAAGAAAGACAAUCAGUUGGAAAAAAAAUCUAAGUUACAUAAAUUAUGUAAUUUUAGAAUGAUUUUUCCAUGAUAAAAUGUCAGUUGUACUGAUAAAUUAGCCGAAAAAUUUCUUUUCCUAUUUUGUGCACGAUUUAUUUCAAUAUUUUUGUUCCUUAGCUGAGACAUUAAAUUUGUUUCCAUGUACCUUUUUUGCAUAAUUGGAGAGAGGCAAAAGAAAAGGUAAAAAUAAAGGGCAAAUUUUCUCAAGAAAAGUAUUGGUUUGCAUUUCAGUUCCCAAGAGGGAUGGUAAGAAAGAUUGAAGUCAUGAGGAGAAAUGAAUUUUUGAAAUUUAACAUUGUUUUUCUGGGAAUAAUUCUUUACUAACAAUUGGCCAGACGAGAAAAAUGAUAAAAAUUUCAAUGGAUCAUGUUAAUAUCACCUCGGUUUAGAUGGAAAAACAAAAUUAAUAGGUCAACCAAAAUUUACAUUCGUUUGAAGAAAAAGGGUUGCGAAGUUCUAAUUUCAUAUAAGCUCCUUGAUAAUUAAAUUAAAUUGCUACAGAUUAUCACCUUGAACAUUACUGAAAAUUAUUUAAAACUGAGAAUACGGAAGAAAAACGUACCGCGGCCACAAUUGAUAUUGAAAUGAAAAUAAAAACACAAAUUUUGAUGUGAUAUAUUAUAAAAGGGAUUAAAUUUGUGAUCAAAACAGAAGAAAAAGUGAAUAAAACGAAAUAUUUUCCACCUGAAUCGAAAAAAGCAGGAGAAGAAACGCUUGAGACCUCAUCAUGUCCUGGAGUGAAAUGCAAGACCCAAUAUCGAGGUCAUUCACCGGCAAUCAAAACUUCUACGUGGACACUUGGUUGGGGCAUUUGGGAGUUAGCGUGUGUGUCGAGAGCACUUUUUAAUUUAUGACUUUUCCAUCCUUUUGUUUUUCCAAGCUGUCCCAUAUUUCCAAGGAAGGGUGAUAAAUUGUUAUCACAACCGUUUGUAUUUUUCACUCUUGAUAUGUCACUCACGCCUUUUUAUCACUCCUUUGCAUGCUUUGCCGCUCUACAAUUUUUCCUUAAUAUUCUUUUAAAAUUUCACAAAAACCUCAAGCAAUUAAAGUUUAUUGAAAUAUGUGUGCGUUUCGCAUGUAAAAUUCAAAGUUAUAACGCGUAAAACGUUGAAAUGAAUCGCGCUCGUGUUAAUUGUAAUUAUAAGUGUUUCUUGGCCUUUUGAGAUAAGAUUGUGACGACGCGCACUUUCAGGAAAUAAAUGGGCUCUCAAGAGUAGUUGUAACUCCAUUAUUAAUUACUAUGUUCUUUAUCAGCCUCGGACGUAAUUAAUGACAUUUUCUACGCCAGGCAAAUUAACCAGAAUAAUUAAAAAUUAAACUGGGACUGAAAAAUAAAUUGCUUGGAAAUAAUAACAUAAUAAGCUGUAAUUGUAGGAGGGAAUUAAGGAUAUUAAUUAUUGUCAGAGUCAGAAACGAUUCAAUGAAAAGUUUUCCCACUACAAAUUGGAUAUAAGCUAUAAAUAACUGAAUUUAAAGGCGAGAACAAUAUGCAUAUUGACUUAAAAAAACUGAUAAGAAUUCAGUAAAAAUAAAAAAAUAAAAUCCAACGAAGUUUCACUUCAAAAUUUAUUAAACUUAUUUUUGCCUUAAUUUCGAUUGAAAUGAAGGGAGAAAAAUCUUGAUCUCUGAAGAGAAAAAAUAUUGAAGUAAGGGAAUAAAAAUAAAAUUUGUUUAAGCAAAUUCAAAUCUUUUACAGAUGGGUGUGUGGCAUUAAUUUUGAAUUUGUUAAGAAAAAAUUUGUAAUUAUAGUUUAUAGUAUUAAUAAUUAUUAUUAAUUUUGAAUUCAAGUAAACCUCACAAACCAGGUGAAAUAACUUUAAAAUUAAACGAUUAAGUUUUCAAAAAUUACGCGUUUCUUUUACAAUAUCUUCAUUGAAAUGAUAAAAUUUCAACUGAAAUAAUCAAGGAAAUAAAUCGAGGGUUAUUAAGAUAAUGUUCUUAUCUUCUUCUCACCAGCUUAUGAGAGUGACUCGUUGUUAAACUUUAUUAGCUUUUCAUAGAAAUCUCUCUGUCACGGAAAACUUCUUGCUCGGACCGAAUAGGAUAAAAAUUAAUCACGCCUUUUUUUAUUCGUACCUUUCCGUACCUUUCGCACAAAACAAAAUGUUUCUUUAGACUUUAAAAUAAACUAUAUAUUUCUAUUUGAUGGUAAAAGAGAUAAAUCGGAAAAAGAAAUUUGAAAAAAAAAACCCUGCUGAAACAAAAUUGGUGACGCGCGCACAAUUGCACUGAUAAUGAAGCGUGAUAUCCGGUUGUAGUGAGAAUGCGCGAUUUCUCAAGGAAGAUUAUUUGAUGCUUUUUCUCGGACUCAAUUCGUGAUAAGCUUAUCGGCCGCUUCUCUCUUCCUCGGCAGUUGGUGCGACGCAAUCUGUGCGUGCAGAUCGCAGAUUCGCAAUUGUUGGGCGAAAUAUGGAAGAAUUGAAAAUUGUGUUGGAAAAAGCCGUUUUCUUCGCCGGGCAAAACGUGUCAGGCACGAUUUCGCUCAAAAACAAUCAGCCACUCAAAUUUCGAGGCGUCACUUUAAAUUUGACGGGGAAAGCCAAGGCGUCGUGGAGCGAGUCGGACGGCGACGGCAGCUCGACCUACUCAAAGAAGGAGCCUUACUUUAGGCAACAAUCUCUCCUCGUUGGAUCUGGAAGGGAGGAAAUGGUUGUUGAUGGUGGCCAACACCGGUACCCUUUCAACUUCAACCUGCCGAGGGACAUUCCGUCGUCGUUCGAGGGCGAGCACGGCUACGUCAGGUACUGCCUGAGCGCCGUCGUGGACCGGCCCUGGAGGUCCGACCUCGAAACGACGGUGCCCUUGAACGUCGUCGCCCUCGUCGAUCUCAACAACAUCGACCCUCCAAUAGCCGAACCGGCGACGGCUUCACAGGCCCACAUGUUCAGCUGCACCGCGGGUGUUGUCAACGUCGUCCUGUCGUUGCCGACGGGGGGCGUCGUCCCUGGCCAGACCCUUCGGCCCACUUUGGAGGUCGAGGACAACUCGAACGCCUCUUUAAGACGCGUCAGGCUCAAAUUAGUUCAGAUUGUGACGUACAAAGCAAGUGCAAGCAGAAGAAAAGUUUGCACUAAGUAAGACCAUCAUCAAGAGCGUGUUGGGCUCCGUCGAGCCUGGAAAGUCGCACACCUUCGGACAGGUCGGCAUCAAAGUUCCCCCUCUUCCG